AUGGACGACAUCGUAGACGAAACGGAUACUAUAGAAGUACAAGCGGGGAAUAGUGAUAGCCGUAAAAGACGUAUCACUGGUGGAAAAAGAAUUGCUGCCAUAAAGAUGAAGUAUUCAAAACUUUAUAAUUCUAAUGUUAUUCACCCUUGUGCACACGACACGAAAAUCUUUCGUUGCUCAAAAGUUACACCAAAGCACGUUAUGCAUAUGCGAACAAAGUUGUGUUCGGUUCCGGAAAAACUUGCUCAAGACGGGAUCACUUCACCUUUAAUUCAGACUCACCAAGUGAAGCGAAGGAGACCUAGAGUAAAACCUAACAAGAAGGUUGUGUCAGAACAUCUAUUCAAUGUGAAAUACUUCUUAACAGUUGAUUCUCAGAGGGUUCCAGUUUGCAAGAAGUUUUUUCUUGAAGUAACUAAGAUGGGGCGUACUAGGCUUCAAAACAUAGCAAAAAAGCAGUUUCAGGGUGAAAGAAUUAAAGAAAAUAGAGGAGGUGACCGAAAAAGUCAUUUAAGCCGGGAGAAGAAAGACAAUUCUGUUUUUGGAAACUGGCAAGAGAUUGAGGACAUCCGUUUCAACUGGUAUAAAGAAGUUCUUUUCAAUACUCCAACCACUAUUCAGGAAACAAUUGAUGAUAAUGAAAAUGAGUGUGAUUGUCUGGAUAGUGAGAUUUGUAUGAGAAUUUAA